UGGAAUCUCAAGAAGAAUGCCUUGACUUUCACAGCUCUUCCGUGCAAAUUCUUUCUUUCUUUUUGGGGGGGCUCUUGAUUCUCUUGAUUUUCCCUCUAUAUCUAUCUAAUCGAGUUCAUCGGGUUUCUCCAUUAGCAAACAAUUUAUUCAUGAAAUGGCUCAAAUCAAACAUUUCUUUGUUCUCUCUAUUCUUCUAGCCAUAAUUUUUUCAUCAUUCAACGCAUUAAUAGUCACAGCUCAAGUUGGAGUAUGCUAUGGCCAAGGUGGUAACAAUCUCCCACCUCCAUCAAAAUCGAUUCAAUACCUCCAAAAGCUGAAUGCAGCCAGUGUGAAGAUCUAUGAUGCUGAUUCAAACAUUCUCAAUGCCCUCAAAGGUACCAAUCUUACCAUCUCAAUUAUGGUCAAAAAUGAAAUUCUUGCCAAUAUUUCUUCAAACCAAAACAUUUCGGACCAAUGGGUUCAAACCAAUGUACUUCCUUUCUAUCCUCAAACCAAAAUCACCACCGUCUUAGUCGGAAACGAGAUUUUAAGCCCAUGGAACAAACAAUAUUGGUUUUACCUUGUUCCUGCCAUGAAGGCAAUUUAUCAAUCUCUCAAAAACUUUCGUCUUCACAGCGCUAUCAAAGUUAGCACUCCACUCUCAAUGGAUUGUUUGGAAUCUUCAAUUUCAAGGCCUUCUAAUGGUACAUUUAGGUCUGACAUUAGUAAAGUCAUGAAACCAUUGGUACACUUCUUGAACUCCUCCAAAUCCUCUUUCUUUGUGGAUAUCUAUCCUUAUUUCGAAUGGGUUAUGAAGCCAGGAAGCAUUAGUCUCGACUACGCAUUGUUGUCGGCUAAAAGUGCUUCUUUUAAGGAUCCGGUCUCGGGUUUGAGCUACGCUAACAUCGUGGAUCAAAUGCUGGAUUCGUUGGUUUUCGCAAUGACCAAACUCGGGUACCCCAAUGUUUCAUUCUCUAUAGCUGAAACCGGUUGGCCAAAUGGUGGCGAUUAUGAUGACAUCGGAGCAAGCAUAUACAAUGCUGCCACCUACAACCGCAAUUUGGUGAAGAAGUUCACGGCCAAGCCUCCGUUGGGAACUCCGGCCAGGCCGGGUGUUAGUAUCCCGGUGAAUAUUUUUGCCUUGUACAACGAAAAUCAAAAGCCCGGACCAGGUAUAGAGCGCCACUUCGGGUUGUUGUAUCCUAAUGGAACCAAUGUAUAUGAUAUAGAUUUGUCGGGAGGGACACCGGAUUGGACUUACAAUCCGCUGCCCCAACCCACUAACAAUGAACCUUAUAAAGGUAAGAUUUGGUGUGUGGUAUCUAAAGGUGCAAAAUGGAGCCAAUUACAAAGCGCCGUGGAUACUAUUUGUGGGCAGGAUAAUAGCACUUGUGCAGCCAUUCAGCCUGGUGGGAGUUGUUACAAGCCUAAUUGGUUCCUCUUACACGCAAGUUACGCAUUUAGCUCUUAUUGGGCUCGAUACAGGAACAACGGCACCACGUGCUUCUUCAAUGGUCUCGCCGUUGAAACUACCAAGGAUCCAAGUUAUAUGUCUUGCCAGUUUCCCAGUGUAAAUCUCUGACUGAUCAGAGUUUAUACUCCAAGACAUUGACACACAUCAUUUGUAAAAUUAUACAGCAUUUAUUUUUUAUUUUUUCUAAGAACUUAGAGGGAUUUUUUUUUUUUAUCUAUUGUUUUGUGGUUCAUGCGGUACUAUUUUUCCGAGAGAAUAUGAAUGAUCUUCUGGUAAAGGGCUAAACGCAGCUAGUCCUACCAAAGAUGCUCUUCUUUACAGCUUAAUUAGCAUGCAAAGGUUAACGCUUAAGAUUUCUCUUCAUCUCUCUAGGAUUAUUCAAGUACUAAUAUGUAUGAUUUUCUUAGGUUUCCC